AUGGACAUCUUGCUCAUUAUUUACACAAUAUGUGCUUGUGUCGUCGCUGGUCGAAAUUGCGCGCUCUGUGCGACUAAGUCUGUGCCCGGCGGACAAUACGGCGGUGAUGAUAUUUCAGUCGCUAAUGAAGCGUUUGAACGAUUCAUUCUGGGACAGAUGGAAGAAUGGCACGUUCCUGGUCUUGCAAUGGCCAUUGUUGAAGGAAAUAAAACCUGGUCCAAGGGCUUUGGAUAUGGAACUUUGCGCUCUGAACCAGUCACUCCUUCAACGUUAUUCUACUGUGGUAGUAUGACCAAAUCAUUCACAGCGGCAGCAUUAUCGUUACUUGUUGAUGAUCACAACAAUACACUUCAAUGGACCACACCAAUCUCCAGCUUGUUGAAGGAUUUUAUCCUGUCGGAUAAUUGGGCUACUGAGCAUAUAACUAUUCAAGACGCGCUAAGUCACAGAACUGGAUACCCUCGACAUGACUUCUCAGGUCCGUUUGGAAACUCCUCCAUGGAUAUGAUUCGUAGAUUUCGGCACCUUCCCAUGUCGAAAGAACCUCGAGUCAUUUGGCAGUACAACAACAUGAUGUACGGCACAUUGGGAUACCUAGUAGAGCAAGUAAGCAGAAUCAAGUUGCCCGAGUUCUUCCGGCGCAGAUUAUGGCACCCGAUGGGCAUGAUGAACACAUAUUUGGACCCGGAUGAAGCAUUAGCGAGCGGAAAUCAGCUUGCCCAUGCGUACUACUACGACAACGAUACUCAGACAUUCGGACUCCUGCCGUGGAAUGACGAAGCGAGUGUUGCUGGUGCUGGUAUGGCGAUAUCGUCUGUACUCGACUGGUCUCGAUAUAUACGACACAUGAUUGAAGAAUCAGGACCUAUUUCAAAAGCUGGCCAUGCUGCACUAAAGGCACCGCACAUGGUCUCGGAACAAGACAGACGCAUAUACUCUGGCACAGAGUUUUACGGUCUAGGAUGGGCAUCUAAUAUUAUCCAAAAUGAAGCCGUGUGGUAUCACUCUGGCAGAGUGAGUGGCAUGCUGUCAUACAUGGCAUUUGUUCCAAGUCGGCAAUUUGGCUUCGUUAUAAUGCUUAAUACCGAGAGUGUGGCAGCACUCGACUCCGUGUUCUCUGCUACUUUGUUCAACUAUUUUAGGGUAGCAGAAUCGAAGCACAGCAACAUACGGGCAGAAUGGUAUGACUUAUUAAAGGCUUCAGAUGAGAAUCUGCGCAAUUGCUCGGCUCGAUUAUACCCUGGUUUCAGUACUGACGCAACUCCGUCAAAGAUAGCACUGGAUGAUCUUGUGGGACGCUACUACAAUGAUGGCUAUGGCUAUGCCAAUAUAACUCUCAGAUGCGACGACUGGCAAUCUCCGGCAGGCUCACCAACAAAGUUCACUCUGACACCUGAUAGGUGCCGGCUGGUUAUCCCCAGGUCAGAGCUGUUUGGAAAAAGAGUGUCGUUUCAGCUGCAGUACGUAACUGGAGACAAGUGGCUGGCAUGGCUAUUUGUUGAUGACUAUGAAACAGUUAAGCGGCCUACCGGCUGCUAUCGAGCUGAACUUAAACUUGGUGAUGGUGGAAAGCCGGAUGGCCUUGGAACAUAG